AUGCAUGCUAGACUUGCGCACGUCGGCAUGGACACCAUCAGGAGCUCGGCGAAGAACGAGGUCGCCAUUGGGCUGGACCUCAAGUCGGCGACAGGCGCCGACUCACCGUGUUUCUCGUGCGUCAGCGGGAAGCUGGCGCGGCACACCUUCCUCGACGAAGGCUCCGACGCCGACGACGUACUGGCCGUCGUGCACAUCGACCUGUGCGGGCCGUUCCGCGUGGCUGCCGAGGACGGCAGCCUGUACUUCUUGCUGCUGAAGGACCGCAAGAUCCGCUUCGUGAGGGUGAGGCCAGUCGCCAAGAAGUCGGAUGUGCUGCUGGAGUUCCAGAAGUGGCUGGUGUUUGUGGAGAGGCAGACGAAGAAGUCGAACGGCAUGGUGGAGAGGGAGAUGAGGACGGUGGUGGAGUCAGUGCGGACGAUGCUGCUACACAUGGGCGUGCAGCACCACUGGUGGCACCUCGCUCUGCGUCAUGCUGUAUGGAUCCGCAACUGCCUGGAGAGGUUGGCGCUGCCGCCGGGGACGACGCCGUACCAGCUGCUGGCUGGCCAGAAGCCCGACUUGUUGAUGGCGCGGGUGUGGGGCUGCAUGGCGCAGUUCCUCGUCCCCGAGCAGCAACGUGGUGGUAAGCUGAAGCCGAAGGCCAGGUGGGGCCUUCAGCUCGGCGUGUCGAUGGCGAGCAAGGGCUGGGAGCUCCUCGACAUCGACGCCAACCAGGUGGUCACCACGUCGGACAUGGUGUUCUACGAGGAUAUGUCGCUGGAGGUGCGGAAGUCGGAGCACGGGCAGGUGUCAGGUCGGACGCCGACCACCCCACCGACCGAUACCUCGCCGGCGACGCUGCCUCUGCCUCUGCUCACCGACCAUGGCAGAGAGGUUGACUAG